CAAGCUGGAAAGAGUAUUUGCGCCGAACGAGUAGCGCACCCCCAUCACAAUUUAGCGCGAGCUUUCAGAAACGCUUUUGUCCAGAAGCUCGCGCCAGUGUCAGUAUCAUUGCUUCGUGGCCAGAGACCGUCUUCACAUUCUCUGUCUGAUUCUGCGCGUCGUCACGCGGCAUUCAUUCAAAUCCACGUCGGUUAUGUUCUGAAACCCAUGUUUUACCCGAAUCACCCAUGGUCUUUAGAUAUGUCCUCGGAGUAUAACGAAGAAUACCUCAUCUCACCUACUCACCCCCCACAGACCACCCAGAUCAACACGUUGUCUCCUAUUCCCGCCAACGAUACCGAGUGUUGUGCUAGUUUAGAAAGUUGCAGUGUUAGUUUCGACAGGCUGUCCUGGCACGAGCACGUUUACAGAAGACUUUCCACCAAACCUACACCUCAUUAUAUCGAGAACAUUCUUGGUUUGCCGAACAGAAGUGCUGGACAAUAUUGCCAGGAUUCGCGGGAAGACCUUGCCAUGACUGCUGUACCUGCUGAUGUUGUUAAUGAGCCCUUGAACUUGUCUGUCAAAAACCACCAAAAAGUUAGAACAAAAACUCCCAAAGAACCGACCCGAAAGAAAAAAAAGACCAAAGAUGUCCCUGAUCCUAAACAACCUGCAGCCAUAAUACCCAUUCUCAUUCAGAAUCAAGUAGACAUAGAAACAAUGGCCGAAGACGCGGACAGUAAAAACAAGAAGAAGAAGGCGAGAACUACGUUCACAGGCCGACAGAUCUUCGAAUUAGAAAAGCAGUUCGAGGUGAAGAAGUAUCUCAGUAGCAGCGAGAGAUCAGAAAUGGCCAAACUGCUGAAUGUAACAGAGACACAGGUGAAAAUAUGGUUUCAAAACCGACGAACGAAAUGGAAGAAAAUUGACAACGUGUCGAAUACAGAAGCGGCCGAGCACAAAACUACCAACUCUAAGUCGUCUGAUGAUGGUCGCACAAGGACGAAAAACUCCAACAACCAUAGCCAAAGUUCGAAUUCCAGUAUUGAGAGUGAUACAAGAAGCUCGGUAGCUUCAGCGAUUGUCGAUCAUCAACAUCAACAAGACAAGAGCUUCAAGAAUAUCUUGCAGACGAGUUUGUCUUCAGUUCCCCCACUUUCUCCGAAGAAUCAGUUACAAAGCCAAAUCAACACAGCCAAAGAUGUAUUACUAAGCUUAUCGUUUGAUCAGGAAAAAUGUUAAAAAAGUGAUAGUUUCAAAACCGUAUAGAUUUCAAUGUGUUCUAUUUGUGUUGAUAGAUUUGAAUUUGAUGUUUCCACAGGUCCAGAUUCUUUCAACAGAAUUUCAUUAUAUUGAUUUAUUUGAUAUGGAAAUUCAGUAAACGUAAAAUCUCAUUAGAUAUUGGCUGUGAUAUUUCGUGUAUUCUGAAAAAUGAUAGACCGAACUGUUUUGUUUUUCGAUUUUUUGUUCAGAAAAUAUUUUUUCCCUGGGAAACAUCAGAAACAUGUAAUUACAGCGGUGUAAUCACAAAAGUACAAUUCUUUUAGUUGCACUAAUAUACGAAAAAAAUUGACGAUAUUUUUAAUAAAAAAAAUCAUUAGAUGUAAUCUACCUUUCGAUACUUAAUUUAUAAAAUAUUUUAUAUGUAUGUUCAUAUCACCCUAUUUGUGUAUGAAUAAAAAAAAUCGUUUCAUUAA